CUUUAGACAUAUUUGUGUCGUCAUAACAAGGAUUUGGUAGUUGCAAAAUCUUUAUUUAUACAUUUCUUCUUUAACGAUUUUUUUUUUGUUUACAAAGGCAACACAGAGCAUAUGCCCCCUUAAAGAAAUUAAAGUAGCUUUUAUCUCUAUGACUUGAUGACCCAUCCAUGACUCAUCCUUUACCACAAAGGUCUUCAAGUCUCAACGAUUCAGAUCUUUGUUUCAACUGCCUCUUGUCUCUUUGUCUUUCCCUUUAUAUACCUCCCCACUAACACGGUUUCCAUCAUCAACCAUCCACUCACAAUCUCUCUCUCUCUCUCUCUCUCUCUCUCUCUCUCUCUCUCUCUGUUUCUCAAGAUCAAGAAUCAAGAUUACUACACAAUCCUCCAAGAUGACAUUGAGCAGAGUUCACCAACAAGUUCUUGCGUUACCUGCAGCCAAGACUGCUCCGGUUGGUUACUUGCCUGACCCUGCAGCUUCCAUCAACAACCUCCAAAUCCCAACUCCUUCAACAGACAAGAGAAAGAAGAAAACCGAUAGCUUCACCAACGGAGCUAGAGACCAGGACAAGUUAAGACCUAAGCUAACUGAAAAAGUCAAGAGAAAGCUAUCCUUGGGAGCUAAGAUCCUUCAAAUGGGAGGCUUAGAGAAGAUCUACAAGCGACUCUUCAAGGUCAGUGAUGAAGAGAAGCUCUUCAAGGCCUACCAAUGUUACCUAUCCACAACCGCAGGUCCCAUCUCAGGCCUACUCUUCAUCUCAUCAAAGAAGAUUGCUUUCUGCAGCGAGAGAUCGAUCAAGGUGGCUUCUCCUCAGGGAGAUCUCACUAGGGUUCACUACAAAGUAUCAAUCCCCUUGAGCAAGAUAAAUGGAGUGAACCAGAGUCAGAACACAAAGAAGCCAUCUCAGAAGUACCUUGAAGUAGUCACGGUCGAUGGAUAUGACUUCUGGUUUAUGGGAUUCUUGAGCAACCAAAAAGCUUUCAACUGCCUUGAGCAAGCGCUUUCUCUGAGCUACGAGCAAUGAUAAGCCGCAGAGGUUUAAUUUCCUCUGAGGCGCUAAGUAGUGCGGCUUAAAGAAGAAAUAUUUCAUUUCACUUUAACCAGCUUAUUCAAUCAGAUUAUGUUAGGAGAAAGCCUAGGAAACACUUACAAAAAAUAUUGUACAAACUCAUUUUUUCUUGCUUAUAUCCCUUAUUGUGUCAUCCGUUGUUGACAUGAGCAAGAGAUUUGAAUAUAUUUAGUUGAUCUCAUCUGUUUUCCUGAUUA